AAAUUGUAUAUUUCAUUUGAUAACUAAUACAUUAUAGUGGUGGUGAAGUGUGUAUUUAGUCCCAGCCCCCAAACACACUUCAUUACCACAAUUUCCCUUAUUUUCAGAACUGAGCCAGUCGUCAACAGCAAGAGCUGUGCUGCGGUGAGUAUGGCUCGUUGGUAGUUCUUUCCUUAAACGGCUCAUUCUCGUGUCACAGUAAAACAGGUCAAAGUCACGCAUUCCCACAACCUUCUCUCCUUUCCACCAAGGGCAAUGCAGCAGACAUGGUUCAUGGUGAUUGUUAUUCUCUGUUGCUUGGGACAGAAUGACACACUGGAUGUUCGGCAGACUUGCCAACCACAGGCGUCAUGCUCAGAGUGUUUGAGGAGUCCUGGCUGUGCGUGGUGUAAACAGGGGGACUUCCUCAAGCCUGGAGAGUCAAACGAACGGCGAUGUGAUUCGGCCGAGUCACUGACUAGCAGGAAAUGCGAAGUAGGGCAUGUGAUCAACCCUAAACCAUGGAAGGACAUCCUAAAGGACUCGCAGCUGAGCAGUGAUCCAAAAAAUGUUGUGCAGAUGAAACCACAGUCCGUUCAGCUCAAACUGCGGAUAGGUCAGCCUCAUGAGCUUAAAGUGGUGUUCAAGCGUGCUCAGGGCUACCCAAUAGACCUGUACUACCUGAUGGACCUCAGCUACUCCAUGAAGGAUGAUCUGGACAAAAUCAAGAAUUUGGGACACGACAUCCUCACCACUCUACAGAAUUUCACCAAAGACACGCACAUAGGGUUUGGUUCAUUUGUGGAUAAGGUGGCGCUGCCGUAUGUGAGCCAGCAGAUCUUGCGACUGACCAACCCAUGUCCCAGUCGCAUGGACCAGUUGCAUUGUCGGCCAGCCUUCAGCUUCCGGAACAUUCUUCCUCUGACCGAAGACGCAGAUAAGUUCCAGAAGGAGGUGAGCAAGCAGAAGAUCUCCGCUAACCUGGACUCGCCGGAGGCUGGACUGGACGCUAUCAUGCAAGCUGCCGUCUGCUGGGAGAAGAUUGGAUGGAGACCCAAGGUCACCAGAAUUCUAGUCUACACGUCCGAUGACACCUUCCACAUGGCGGGAGACGGACGACUGGCUGGAAUCUACAGCCCCCAUGAUGGGCAGUGCCACCUGGAAAACUCUGUCUAUCAGGGCACGCUUCAGGACUAUCCUUCUAUAGGCCAUCUCUCAACGGUUCUUCAGAAUAGCAGUAUUCAGCUCAUCUUUGCUGUGACUGAGGAGAUCUACCAUGCCUACAAGGCACUGAGUGAGCUGAUCCCUGGCUCCGUAGUGGGGGUGCUGAAGAACGACUCCAGCAAUGUGGUGGAGCUCAUCUCAGAUGCAUACAGAAAUCUGUCCGCUAGCAUAGUGUUUGACCAUGAGGCGGCCCCUGCAGGCUUGUCCAUCUCCUACCAGUCAUCCUGUGGGAGAGGGGGGUGGAGUGACUGGAGUCCCCACGGGGAGUGCAAUGGAAUCAAACUGGACCAGCAGGUGGAGUUCACCGUGCGUUUCAAUGCCACAGCCUGCCUAACAAAGAGAGAGCCGAUAAAGAUCAAAGUGCAGGGCACUGAUGCCGACUUCACCGUCCUGGUGGAGACCCUCUGUGACUGUGAAUGCAAGGACAAGCAGGAGAAAUCCUCUGACUGCAGCGGCAACGGAACGUUCCACUGUGGAAUGUGCAGCUGUGACGUCAAGCACCUUGGGCAGAAGUGCGAGUGUCAGCUGAGCGAUGACUUUGAGUCCAUGAAGGAGAUGUCUGCGCUCUGUCGCCAGACCAACUCCUCAGACAUCUGCGGGGGCCACGGGCUCUGCGAGUGUGGGAAGUGUGCCUGCCAUAACCAUUACCGUGGCGAUUACUGUGAAUGUGACGAUAACAGCUGUCCUCAGCACCUCCACAAAAUGUGCAACGGGAAGGGAUCCUGUAGCUGUGGCCAAUGUCAGUGCAAUGACGACUACACUGGUGAAAAGUGUCACUGUCCUCCUGAGGGAAAACGGAACUGUAGGAAAGGCAAGAUGGGCGGCAAGCCAUGCAGUGGACACGGCGAGUGUCCUUGUGACCGCUGCAUCUGUAAAGAGGGACUGACUGGGGAUUACUGUGACAGGGUCCAAGAACCAUGUGGCAUGAAAUAUCAGAGCUGCAUGAUGUGUGCGGCACAGGGUCAGACAUGUGAGACAGAGUGUCAGGAUCUGAGAGCAGUGCGGGAUGAGGGUGCACAGGAGUAUGCCUGUAUUCACGAGGGACUCACCUUCUACGUUGACGCCACAAACGAUGGACCCAUCGAGAUACACUACGCAGACCUGCCCAGUAAGAACCACAAGAACAUUUUUGAGUCUAUAGAUAAGACCUCGGUCAUCAUCGGGAGUUCCGUAACGGGCAUCGUGGUGAUCGGUAUUGUGAUAAUCAUCGUGUACCGGCUACUGAUCGAGCUGUACGACCUGAAAGAAUACCGCAGCUUUGUGCGUGCCCAGGAGAUGACUGACUGGAAAGAUACCCACAAUCCACUCUUCCAGGGAGCGACAACCACUGUUAUGAACCCAUUACAUGACGACGAGUAAAACAUUUUUACUUAUUAUUGUUCUUUAGUAUUAUAAUAUUAUUAUGACCGCCGCGGUCAUAUCGUGAUUGUGAACGUUUGAUGGCCCCUAUCUUCAGAUGAGAUGUUAUCAACUGUACCAAAUUUCACUUGUAUGAUUAUCCUGACAUCCUCUGGGAGUAUGCCAAGUUUUGCGGAAUUUCAUCCAUGAGGGGCUAUAAAAUAAAUUAAUUUAUGUGUACAUUUGGUGACUGUACACCCAUCGGUCUGUAGAUGGUGGUAUUAAGUGAAGGGUAGCUCUGGUUGCUGGAUGCUACUGUCACACACUCUCUCACACACACACACACACACACACACACAUAAACACACACACAGACACAUACCUACACACCCAGUAGACACUCAGGCAGGCAUACGCACACACACAUGCACCAGCACCCACACACACAUAAAAGUUGCAGUAGGGGAUGGAGUAGGCGAUGGAAACAAAUUGACAAGCGUGAUUUAUAUUUGCGGAGAGAAUGUGCAGGACAGAGCGGCGGUCAUAUUGUGUACCGCUUUGUGGUACAUCUAGUUGUUAUUGUUGUUCUCAAAAAGCAGUUUUGUAU